CAUACAUUGAUUCUUGGUUUGCCUCAAACUUGAUAUGCUCCCUGAGGUGCAGGCUUGAGCAAAGAGCGUCAUGUUCAGGCCCGCACAACAUUCUAGAGCAAAGAUCAGUCGAUGCCUGUGAUUUGCGUUCGAUCUUUGUGAGGCUUCCGGUGGGGAGGCAACGCUGGCAGACCCCAACGGAAUUUGGAACCGCGACAUCUUAAUGCGGUUUGUGCACACGCUGAUCAGGCAUGCUAUUCGCAGCCUCUAUGGGAGAGCGCGAAGAAUGUCAUCCUUGCAGGGUGAACUUGCAGCGUACCAGCAGCCACCCACCAAGGUCACGAGACUUGCCAGCGGCAUGCGGGUUGCUUCGCAAUACACUCCUGAUGAGACGGUUACCGUGGGCGUUUGGAUUGAUGCAGGAAGUCGCUUUGAAACGAAGGAGAACAAUGGCACGGCGCACUUCCUUGAGCACAUGGCGUUUAAGGGCACCAAGAGGCGGAGCAGAAUUCAGCUCGAACAGGAGAUCGAGAACAUGGGCGGGCACCUGAAUGCAUACACCUCGCGAGAGCAAACGGUAUAUUAUGCCAAGUGCUUUGGAAGCGACCUGCGUAAUGGUGUUGACAUCUUGGCAGACAUCCUGCAGCAUUCCACGCUUGAUCCGGGCCCGCUGGACUUCGAACGAGGGGUGAUUCUGCGAGAAAUGGAAGAGGUGGAGAAAACCACGGAGGAGGUGCUGCUGGAUCGCUUGCAUUUGACCGCCUUCCAUGGCAGUCCGCUGGGCUUUACUAUCCUGGGGCCAGUUGAAAACAUUCAGUCAAUCACUCGUGAACAUUUGCGAGAGUAUGUGGAGACCAACUACUUGGCAGACCGGAUUGUGGUAGCCGCAGCCGGGCCGGUGGAUCAUGGCGAGCUGGUGCAACACUCCGAAGAGCUCUUCUGCCACUUCCGCCCGGGCACUGGCAAAAGGAAGGAGGAAACGCCCAGUUUCUAUGGAGCCGAGCUUCUAUACAGAUCGGAGGAGGAGAACAGCCUGGCACAUUUUGCGGUGGGCUUUGAGGGCGUUUCCUGGACGCAUCCAGACUCCUUGACCUUCAUGGUGAUACAGUCGAUUGUGGGGAACUACAAGCGAAAUGAAGGUCUCGUCCCCGCCAAGCUGUCCAGCAACAGGAUUACGAACAGCAUUGCGAGCAACCUGGGUCCAGGGGCGGAGUCUUUCUCGGCCUUCAACACUAGCUACAAGGACACAGGCUUGUUUGGCUUCUAUGGGGAGAGUGAUGAAGACACCUUGGAUGGCUACUUGGACGAGCUGCUUUUUGCGGUGAGCAACCUCGCCUUCUCGGUCACGGAAGAAGAGGUGGAGCGAGGCAAGCGGCAGCUGAAGACGACCCUCUUUGGCAGCUUAGACUCGACCACGGCCAUUGCAGAGGACAUUGCUCGCCAACUGCUGGUCUACGGGCGGCGCAUCCCUCUUGCAGAACUUCUGUUGCGUCUGGACGCCAUAAACAUCGAGGACGUGAAGCGAGUGGCACGAGAGCAUUUGUUCGACAAGGAUGUUGCUGUCACGGCCUUGGGCCCGCUGAGCCGAAUGCCGGCCCUGGCAGAACUGCGCCGCCGCACCGCCGCGAGGAGGUUUUGAGAUGCCAAUCGUUCGUGCAGGGCACUCCAGGUGUGUCAUCUAUCCUCAGUCCUGAGCCGCGCAGUUGCCAGAAAAUCGGCGACAAAACGUCAUCCGCAAAGACGAGCGGAAGCUAAUAC